UAGAAAUUUUUCGCAAAGAUCGGACAUGGAUCGAAUUCAAUUUAAAGUAAAUGGCUGUAAAUAUACAGUGGGAAACGAAGUGAGUUCUGAAGUGAUGCUGCUGGACUACCUGAGGGAGUACCUCCAGUUGAGGGGAACCAAGUACAUGUGUCGUCAGGCCGGUUGCGGUGCUUGCAUAGUGGCAGCUAAACGUCCGGACCGUUGUACGAACGAAGCUGUCAAUUCGUGCAUGGUCCCGAUAACGUCCUGUCAGAAUUGGGAAAUAACAGCCAUAGAAGGAGUGGGAAAUAGGAAUGAAGGAUACCACCCUUUACAAAAAAGCUUAGCAGCUCACAACGGUAGCCAGUGUGGUUACUGUUCGCCGGGCUGGGUUAUGUCUAUGUACAGCCUUUUGCAACAAUACAAAACCCCGACCAUGAUAGAAAUCGAAAAACUACUGGGGUCUAACGUCUGCAGAUGUACUGGGUACAGACCAAUUUUAGAUGCCUUCAAAUCUUUCGCUAAAGAUGCUCCGAAAAAUCUAAUUCCUGAUAUUGAAGACUUAGUCAUUUGUAAGAAGACCGGACAGCCGUGCGAUAAUCCACGUGAUGCAGAUUGGUGCUUGGUGAAUAAAGAGGACGCUGAUGAGCCAAACACGAUUAGGAUAGAAUUGUGUGACGGAAGACUUUUUCUUAAGGUUUUUAAAAUAAGUGAAAUUCUGCGACUAUUGGAAACGGAGAAUUAUGAUUCUUACCAACUUGUUUGGGGAAAUACGGCUAGAGGUGCAUAUCCAACAGAUGUGCGCGCCCAGCUAUUAAUAGAUAUAACGGGGGUAAAUGAAUUGAAGGGAUAUUACUUGGAUCAGAAUCUGGUCAUCAANAGGAUAGAAAUACUUACCAUGCCUUCUUAUAAUACGCCCUACCAAUACCACUCUUUGAAGACUAAAUAUAAUGUACGAGAUCGUCUGCACCUUCAAAGUAUUUUCUUUUUAGGUGCAUAUCCAACAGAUGUGCGCGCCCAGCUAUUAAUAGAUAUAACGGGGGUAAAUGAAUUGAAGGGAUAUUACUUGGAUCAGAAUCUGGUCAUCAAUGCUGGAACAACCUUGACUGAAUUGAUGAGUAUCUAUAAAAAACUGUCAGAUGAAGAAGAGGACUUUCAAUAUUUGGCCCGGUUUUAUGAGCAUUUGGAAAUGGUAGCUCAUGUUGCUGUCAGAAAUGUAAGCUCUAGUUACGAUUGUAAAUUUAUUUUGUUUCACUCGGCGGUGCUGUGGUUUGCAGCCCUGACUGUUGGUCUAUGUGUCGAGGGUACGAUUCCCACUUGGGAUACUAAGCAUUUGAUUAAUGGUAUUUAG